AUGGACGAAGAGACGGAGGAAGACGGCGAGAGCACCGAUUCUCCCCUCCCCACCACGUCCUCCAGCCCCAGCCCAGUCCACCCCCACGAACGCGAGCCAUCCUCCGUCUCCGUCGUCGAAGACCUUUCCCCAUGCUACCAACUCGGGCCUUCCCCAACGGGGGGCGCCGGGCUCUUCGCUACGCGCCCUAUCCCUCGUGGCACGGUCAUCUUCGCCGAGUCCCCACUCUUCACGCAGCCGCUUCCACCCCACAGGACCAACUCUACGAUCCUGAACACGCUCGCGCAGCACUCGCGCGAGGAGCAAUGCGCGUUCUUCGCGCUCGCGAACGCGUACAAGGCGCCCCUCCCCGGCCACCCCGUCCUCCUCCCCGCGCUCGGCAUCUUCGAGACGAACGCCCUCCCCUGCGGGGGCACCCUCGCCCCAUCCGAGCCGAGCGCGGGGGAGAAGACAGCCAAAGGGGGGAAGGGAGGGCGACCGAGCACAGGCGGCGGCAGUAGAGAGGGCAUCUUCCUGCAAGCGGCGCGGCUGAACCACUCGUGCAGGCCGAACGUGGCGCGGACGUGGGACGUCGGCGCGCAGGAGAUGGCGUUCCGCGCGCUGCGGGACGUCGCGCCGGGCGAGGAGCUGUGCAUGAGCUACGUCGACGUCGACAUUCUAGGCACGCGGGAGGAGCGCGGUGCGGAGAUCGAGGGCGCGUUUGGGUUUGUGUGCGCGUGCGAGGCGUGUAUGCUCGAUGGGCGUGAGGGGGAGGAGAGUGAUAGGAGAAGGCUGACGGUGAGGAGGCUGUUUGAGGAGAUCGGAACGUGCGGGAAGGAGCCGACGUUGGGAUUGAGGAAGGUGAAGCUUGCCAUUCGGCUCUUGAACGAGGAACAGCUCGUGCAUUACGAGACGUCCUUCUGCUUCGAUGCCUUCCAGUUCUGUGUCAUGGUCUCCGACUUCACGAGCGCGAAGGCGUGGGUGAAGAAGGCCUGGGAGGCUUCAUGCAAUACCGCCGGGCCAGACAGCCCCGCCGCGCGCACGUUCAAGAUGUACUGGGCGAACCCGCGCGCUCACCAGCUCGCAGGGAUGCAUCCCCGGAUGAUGCUCUCCGGACCGGAUGACUUGAGCGGAGACGAGGUGUCUUCACGUAGUGCUUCUCGGGCCUCGCUGUAG